AUGAGUAACGAAAAUUUUGCGGCAAUAGAGUCAAGGAAGAGGAGAAGGAGAACGACGCCGCAAGAGCUGCAACUAUUAGAGGAAGAAUACCUGAGAAAUCCACUUCCAAGCGCGAGCAAGCGCGCAGAGAUUGCGCAGAAUGUUGGAAUGUCGUCGCGAAAUGUGCAAGUAUGGUACCAGAACAAGCGACAGAAUGAGAAGCGCAGACAAUUCAACAAUAACGAGAAUGAGCCAUUGACAUUCGUAGAGACGAGCUUUGAUAGUGGCUCAAAGGUAAAGCGGACGACUAAUUUGUUUAAGAGCAAAAGCACGAUAAAGCAGUCGCCUAAAAUUGCCGAAGCCGAGGCAGACGCAGAUGCAACGAAUUCCGCGCAGCCCCUCACGAGUUAUUCCAAACAGGUGGAUCACGUGGUCCAAAAAGUACCGCCAUCGCCAGUAGAGACGCUGCCUAAGGACGUCAAGCCAAGGGGAAGAGUAGCAAUGAAUCUGAACAGCCUCUUAUGCGCGCCGUCGUCGCCCCAAGCGAAGAAGCGGGGCGUUUGGCCGUAG